CAACUGUUUUGGAUACAUUAUUCAAGAAAAGCCUACUAUGCGCUAAUACUUCUUGGACAUUCAGUUUGUUGAUAUUUGUGAAAUCGGUUUACUGACAAGUGCGGACUGUUUUUAUUAGUAACAAUUUAUUUGUGUGCUGAGUGGGUGGAGGCGUGAAGAAUGAAGGUGGAACUCAGAUAUAGGAUUACCGGACGGGUGAUGACCAUGGCAUUGGUGGGAGUCAUCAUGGUUUGCGUAUCAUGUCUGGUGUUCCUGUACAAUCCCCUUCAGAUGAUAUUGAGGAAGUUUCUUACCUUGAGUCCCGGAUCAAUGUUCUUCUCCCUCUGGGAAACCCCACCUUAUGACGUCGUCAUGAAGAUCUACAUAUUCAACGUGACAAAUGCUGAAGAAUUCUUGAGGGGAGAAGAAAAACUGAAUUUCACUCAAUCUGGACCGUACGCUUACAAGGAGGUAUUGACAAACAACAAUGCAACAUUCCACGAUGACGGUACAGUCACAUAUUCACCCUACAGGGACUUCCAUCCUGAUGAAGCCAAUUCAGUUGCCAAUCCGUUAACUGAGAGGAUUAUUGUGCCCAAUAUACCUGUAAUUGGUAUACAAUCUUUUCUUACCGAUAGUUCAUUUGUUACCAACAUAGGCUUCUCAACCUUGGCAGCAUCAAUGGGUGCACCAUCUUUCGUCAACUUAACCGUCAAUGAAUAUCUUUGGGGUUACGAGGAUAAGCUGGUUUCAUUGGCAAAUCAGUUCAUACCAAGUUGGAUCGAUUUUGGAAAGUUUGGAAUACUCGAGAGGCUGAUGGACAGAGAUAACCACAACGAAGUCACAAUCAGCGUCAAACCAGGGCAGAGCUCUUCUCAAUACGCUCAGCAACUAACCCAAGAAGAACUGAUGUCAGAAUACCACAUUAUCAAAUGGAAUGGCCUCCAUGGCCUCAAAGAGUGGGGCUUCGAUGAAAAAAACGAGUCUGCCAAAUCCACCAAGAAAUGCCAGCUUGUCGAAGGAGCAUUCGAUGGUACGAUAUUUCCUACACCUUUGAGGAAAUACAGAAACGUGACGAUAUACAGACAUGCCUUCUGUCGCCCCGUCCCUCUGAUGUUUGUUAACGAAAAUGUGAAUUCACAAGGGAUCAAAGUCUACAACUACAAGAUGGGUGAAGACUUGUUCUCGUCUCCCGAUAUCAAUCCAUUCAACGAAUGUUUCUGUUCCAACGGCAAAUGCCCGGAGAAGGGACUGCAGAACAUCGCACCCUGCUACUAUGGUCUGCCUAUUGUGCUGUCGCAACCUCAUUUCCUGAAUGGAGAUCCUGCAGUGAUAAAUUCCUUCAAUGGUAUAGACCCUAUUGAGGAAAAACAUGGAAGCAUUGCCAAGAUUCAACCUGAUGUAGGUAUCCCAAUGGAUGGAUCCAUGCUGAGAAUACAGGUCAAUCUUGGAGUGAGUCAGACCAGGUUUAAUUCCAAAACCAGGCCUUUCAACGGUCUUACUUUGCCCCUACUUUGGAUUGAACUCGGUUGUACUAAACUUCCUUCCUUCGUUGACUGGUUGUUAACAUUGGUUUUUGACGUUCUUCCUGUCUGUCAGGAUGUACUCAGCUACUUCCUGGGGAUUGUGGGAUUAGCUAUAAUAUCAGGAGCUGCUCUGUUGACUUUGUUCUUCUCCAAAGCAGUACCAAGGUCGCUAAGCAUAUCCCCAGACUACUCAGCCAUACCUCUCAUAAGCAUUCCAGCGCAGUAUCUGAGAGAGAAGGAACUAAGGAUAUGUAAAUAAUCCGCGAUUCGAUAAUUCAGUUGCCUACAGUAAUUAGUAAUUACGUCUGUGACGUAUUAGAGACUGAAAUAAAUUAUUUCGUACAGGGUUGGCCAAGAGGUUUGUAGGAUGAAUUUUAUUGUUAAAAAAAUAUUGUGAGUGUUUAGACCGUCUGUAUAUUGUACAUAAUUAGUGAGAGAAUGUAGAUUUAAGAAUUAAUUAUUUAUAAAUGGUUUUCAAGUGUCCUUUCUAGUUUUAAGUAAUGAGUUGAAAAAAAAAAUCUUUAUUCAAUGA